AUGAACCCUGAAUUCGAUGUGGGCGAAUAUUCCAUUAGCAACAUCAGUUGGGAGCACGAAGGGAACUACAGCUGCAUUUAUAGGUUCACUAAAAAGCCUUUUCUAUUCUCGGCACCCAGCGAUCCCCUGGAACUUCUGGUAUCAGAUCCCAGCUUACCCAGACCUGUAAUCUCCCUGAAUCCAAUGGAGAAGGUUUUUGUUGGACAAAAUUUCACGAUGAAUUGUGAAACCAAAGCAAAAGUCAGGAAGUUUUAUUUCCAAAGGAAUGGAGAUGAGAUGGAUCGACCAUGGUCAUCAUACAGUAACAUAGCUAUGUUCCCAAUUGACAAUGCAAGCAGGGACAAUGGGGGGACAUACAGAUGCAGUUACAUCUUACUGGAUAAUUUUACCAUAUCAAAGCCCAGUGACCCUGUGGAGUUUCUGCUAACAGAUCCCAACUUACCUAGACCUGCCAUCUCCAGCAAGCCAGGCGUAUCGGUUGCCCUUGGGAAGCUCGUCAAGAUUCGGUGUGAAGUGAAUAACGGAUCCUUCGUGUUCUAUCUCCAUAAAUCUGGAGACCCAACAAAAAGAUGGCCCAUGAACUCUGACAAGAACAUGGGUCAACAUUACAUCAGGGCCUUCAGCUUGGAGGACAAAGGGAAAUAUAGCUGCAGUUGUGCAGUUUCAGAGAGAGAUUUUGUUGUCUCGGAACACAGCAAGACUUUGGAACUCUUUUUGUCAGGUGCAGUACAUGGCCCAGUGUUUUGUAGUUGA